CGAGUGCAAGUGUGCGAUAACAGCAGCAGCGGCUCUGUCUGGAGCUCACACUGUACAUUACAGAAGCCCCCUCCUCUGGAAGACGGUGUUUCUCCCAUUAUGGGCGACAAGAAAAGCCCAUCCAGGCCAAAAAGACAAGCCAAGCCCUCUGCAGACAACGGAUUUUGGGACUGUAGCGUCUGCACCUUCAAAAACAGUGCAGAGGCAUUCAAAUGCAGUAUAUGUGAUGUGCGGAAAGGUACAUCUACAAGAAAACCUAGGAUAAACUCUCAACUCGUGGCACAGCAGGUCGCUCAACAGUACGCCGCUCCACCUCCAGCCAAGAAAGAAAGAAGAGAACGAACAGACAGAGACCUGCCUGACGACGACCACUUCGACAUGGACAACUCCGACUCGGACAGACUCAGCAGCCUCCAUCCUGACUCCGACCAUCCUGAGAGACUUGGUCUAGAAGGAGGUCAGCUGGACCGCGGACAUUCGCUCAAAGAACGGAGACAGGAACGUGCUCUGGACAAACCGCAAGCACUCGAUUCAGACAGGAGGCCUGAAAGAGCAGGACUGACCCCAGACCUCCUCCAACAACAACAACAACCGCAGCAGCAGCCGCAGCAUCCACAGCAUCCACAGCAGCAGCCGCAGCAUCCACAGCAGCAGCCACAGCAGCAGUCGCAGCAACAUCCACAGCAGCAGCCUCAGCAACAUCCACAGCAGCAGCCUCAGCAACAUCCACAGCAGCACAACAGAAUAGACAGAGAGCACACAGACAGAGCUAUGCUGGAGAAACUUCAGCCUCUCAGAGAGCACAUGGAGAAAGAUCAUCCGCACACGGCAGGCUCCGGGAUGCAGCCGGCCGAGAGGAUGGGCGCGGAGAGAGAAGAGCUCAAAAAAGGAAAGAUCGAGAGAGCCAUGAUGGAAAAGCACAAAGAGAGACACAAAAGCCUGACGCCUAGCAAAAAACCCACUCCUAAGAAGAUGAAGCCCAAACUUAUUCAGAAAAGUCCAGCUGGGGAAAGUAAUGGCAUGAAGCCUGGCAAAUCUGUCCCGAAGAAUAACAAAUCUGUUAUAUCACGACCAAAACUGAAGAACGUGGACCGGAGCUCGGCUCAGCAGCUCGCCAUAACAGUGGGCAACGUGACGGUCAUCAUCACAGACUUUAAGGAGAAGACCCGCUCGUCCUCCACCUCGUCCUCCACGGUCACCUCCAGCGCUGGCUCUGAACAGCAGCACCUGAGCUCCAGCUCCGAGAGCACAGACAAAGGCUCAUCCCGCGCCUCAACCCCCAGAAGAGACCACUCCUCCGGGCACAACGAGACCCUCUAAAGGAGGAAGCGAUUAACACACACCUCACUGGACGAGGCCCGGAGCUCCUAAAGCCACACUCCAAACUGUACAUGGAAGAGGGAUCUUUCCAACCCCCAUUCAGACAAUGUCCAUCUCCACACACACACAGCGGCAGAAACGUAGCCGUCGAGAAACCCUCGUGGAGCACCUUGUAGAUUGAUGUGUUGAUGUUCAUGUGAGUCACCCGUCACGCCGAGACCCGCUGUAUAUUCUGUACUUCUACCAGAUAUAACCCCUGUGUGUGCACCACGGAAACUCAGCGCUCCCAAGUUUGCAUUAUUAUCGUUCGUUGUCAUUAAAUCAUCGUGCAGACAGCUGUUUUUUGACUUUGUGUUUAGGACGUAGAAUCGUUUAUGCUAAAUGUACAGUAUCUGAGCUCAUCCGUCCAUCUCUCAGAAGGCUCUGAAUCCGGCGAUCUGUCGACGAAAAGAUCGCGCUUGGCCCACCGUGUGCGGGAUUGGUUCCCUUAUUAUUUCAUAUGACGAAACUCUUGUGCGUUUACAUGGUGGAAACACAAACUGUGAUGAUGUGAGUUUACAGUAUUAUAAACACAAGGCCAACUUCGAAAUCCAUACGGUGUACCAUGUAGACAUGUUUUGUGGCUCAUGAGAUGAUAAGAGAGUAUUUAGAAAAUUGUUCUUUAUCUUGCUCUGUUUUUAGACUUUAAACCUUUGCAUAUUUCUUGUCAAAUUAUAUGCAGAUCCACGGUGCUGUCUGUUGUUCAACCAUGGCGACGAAACCGAGAACGUGCGCGGCAGUCGAUGGAAUAUGAAGCAGCUUACCUGUUUGUGAGAUUUCAUACAGUAUAUUUACAGUUUAUUGAGAUCUCUAAUGAAAACUGAUCACCAAUUAAUACUCCCACUAUAGCAUUGUGUUGUAAAAAUUGGCUUCUUUUCGCCCAUAAGGACAUUUUGCACAGGUUUACACACUCAUUUUGACCUUUGUUAAAAAUCUAGAAGCUUAUAAAGCUAAUAAAAACCUUCUAAAACUCA